AUGGAGUGGAACACGGCCACGCUGUUGGCACCAAGGACGGGUGGUCGUUCACGUUUCUCAAAAGCGCUGCCCAUGCCGCCUUCUCCUCCGCAUGAGACUCCUCCCGAGUCUAUUACUGCUGCUGCUGCUACUCGUACGCCUACUACUGCCACAUCUCCAGCUUUUCAGAUUCCUCGAAAACUGCCUGGACUGCCCAACAUGGCGACAACCAUGGCACUCCCGCCGAGGAAGGACUCUGUUGGAGCUCGAUUCAUCCCAAAGCCUAUAGACUCACCACUCCCGGCCCUUCCGGCUCUUCCGGACAAGGUUUCCUCUCCACUAGAGUUGCAAAAAAAGAUGCCUCCGAUACCCAGAAAGGCCGUGGCAUCACCACCUCCAGUCGGGUCUUCCUUUACCUCAUCGCCACCACUCGAACAGCUUGAGCCAGAAGCCGUUGAUCCGGUGAAGCUCAAGCGUAAGUCAUCUAUAUCGAGUCUGCUGUCGGCCUACUCAAAUACCUCGUCAGAAUCAGUACACAUGUCCUCACACCGGAGCUCAGACACAAAGGGUAGCGAGGCUUCACUUUCACCAGACCGGGACGGGCAGCGUGGGGGACAACAAAGAGACUUAUCAGCAGCAUACAAGGCGUUGUCGAGGAAUCCCUAUGAAGAACCCUCGGCUCGUGAAAAGGAAUUCAUGAUGCAUGAGCCAUUGCCGCCGCCGCCUCCCACAAAGGAAGCCAAUGCAUCUCCACGGCCGGCAGCACAGCGGACUGGAUUGCCCGCCACGCCGCGGGGUGGGAGACUACCUGCAGCCCCAGCCCCAGCAGCUGCCCCAGCAACGAUACAAAAAGAUGGCGAUGCAUUCACCUCUGCUGCACGAAAGACGCCGUCUCCACCACCUCGACGAGAAAUUUGGCGGAGGAGAGCAUCAUCGAAAUCAGAUCGAAGCAUUGCCGUAUCGGGACUCAAGCUUGCUGUGAGUCACGGCUCGACCGCAGCGACGACAAUGGCAGCUUCACAGCCGGCUCCUGCUGAGGAAGCUUCGCAGAAAGCAGCUCAACACCCAGCCAUCCUCAACCCAACUUUGGCCUUGAGUGCAAACAAUGGUCCUCAGCUGCCACCACAACCCAAUUCUGGUCUGCCAGGUCGCAACAUUAGGCCACAGGCACAGGCACAAACGCAACCACAACAGUCGGCUACCAACAAUGCAAUUGACGCUCUCGACAACGAUGACGAGAUGAAGAGACUCCGGGAACUCAAGAUGCAGGCCUUGGGCCAAAGUGCCAGCCAAGACUCUGACAAGUCCACAUCACACCUUCAGCCUUUGGACUCGCCCACUCUGAAGCCAUCCCCAGCUGGCUUUCCAACGAUUCUAGGAGCGCCUGAAAGCACCAGGACUGCAGCGGAUGACCAGCCGCCCCUGUCGCCUCCAACCAAAUCCCUGAGACGCCGCGAGGUCGGAAGGAAGCCCAGCCUGCAGAACAUCAAAGGCAGUGAAGCUGGCGCGGCCCAACAUCUCCGAGAGGCCAGAAGCGCCAUUGAUCUAAGGGCUGCCCGCGACAAGCAAGCCGAAGCUGCAAUGGAGAACUUUCCAGCACUUGAACCGCCACAUUUUCCCGGACAAUACUACGGAGGUGCUCCAUCGCCGCGAUCGCCGCGCACUCGUGGAUUGUCCAGUGCGUCAAAUGCCAGCGGGCGACGAGUCCCUAACCCUCAGCUCAUGGUGACUUCGCCAGCAACUCCACCGGCACCGAGACCGCGGGUUGAGUACAAGGAUAUGGAGUACAUUCAAAUGACCCCUCAGCAGCAGAAUGACCUUUCGGCUGCCAUUAGAAAGGCCUUUGGCCACAGCAAGGACUGGGCCAGAGUGACUCCGAACAAGGACGGCGUAUGGCCGUGCAGAGAGCUCUCGGCCGAUCAUCUCACGUGCGCCUCCGACCACAAAGGUUGGGUGAACACUCCCAACGCUCACUAUCCCAUCGCCUGUAUGCUCUGUCACGAUGGCAGCAAGGAGUCCCGACGUGUCUGCCGCAGCUGCGGAAUCCGAGUUUGUCCUGGCUGUUCCGAACUCCUGACAGGUGUCAAGAUUGAGAACCUGGACUUCAACGCCCUUGCCAGCAAGGAGAAGGAAAAGGAAGACGCCAUCGCCGGUGAUCAGGAGGGCCUGUAUAUCAGCAAGUAA